CAGCGAUGAACUGGGAUCUGUAUGACGUCACUGGUCCCCUGUGCUCCGACAGUCAGUAAGCACAGGGAUGCUCUGAACGUAAGACUGCAGCAUCUUCUACAACGAGGCCACAAAAAUUGUAUCUCCUUCUAGAUUCUUACCCUGCAUUUCUCCCUCCCGGACCUUCCUGACGAAACCACCCCCUUGUCCAAGAAAAUCGAACUGCACGGCAGCUCUUCAUGCACGAACCGAGGACCUGCUUGAACACAAUAUUUUUUGUUUUGCCACCUUCCUUUUCCCUUUAUUUAUUUAGAUUGUUUGCCAUGACCAUUUGUGUGUUUUGAAUUCCUUGUUUUGCUGUCAGCGUCUAUGAGGAGAACGUCAUCGCACCGUAGGGAGGAAUAACAACCGUGCAACGCAUUUGAAAAGAAGGAACAAUUGUGAACGACACCUUACAUAUCCGGGGAGCUGAAGAGAACGCAUCGGUUCAUUGGAUUUGUAUUGAUGUGACGUUUCUCUGCACUAUCGCUUUUCUCGAGAGGUUGGGACAAACAGACACAGAUUUCGCCGUUGCUUAUCCUCUUCGCGCCGCCUGAAAAAGGGAGGAUAACAAACGCAUCCGGAGGUCCUCGAACGGAAGAAAGCGCAUUCGUUGAAUAUUUAGAAAAUAGCCUACAUAUCGGCAAAAUACUUUAAUAGUCAUUGCCACUAGCUUUGCUACGUUGCGUAAACGGAUAGACUAAAAUCGGUUUCAUCCACAUAGUAUGAAAAUGAUGGCCGGCGGGGCAGUGCAGCAAAACGGGAUUUUUUCCAAUCCUCACCAUCACAAUCAGCAGCCACACAUGGAGUCGGAUCCCCCCGAUUCUCGCAAGAGACCUCUGGAGACGCCGACCGAAGCCAGCAGCACCAAACGCACAAACACUGGAGAGGAGGGUGAGUACUUCCUGAAGGUGUUGAUCCCGAGCUACGCAGCUGGCUCCAUCAUUGGCAAAGGAGGCCAGACCAUUGUCCAGCUCCAGAAGGAAACUGGCGCCACCAUCAAAUUGUCAAAAUCCAAAGAUUUCUACCCAGGAACGACAGAGCGGGUGUGCUUGAUCCAAGGCACGGUGGAGGCGCUGAAUUCCGUCCACAACUUCAUCGCCGAGAAGGUCCGAGAGAUGCCCCAGAGCGCCCAGAAGACAGAGCCCGUCAGCAUACUGCAACCGCAGACCACUGUCAACCCAGACCGCGUCAAACAGGCGAAGCUCAUUGUCCCCAACAGCACGGCAGGCCUGAUCAUCGGCAAGGGCGGCGCCACCGUGAAGGCGGUGAUGGAGCAGUCGGGUGCCUGGGUGCAGCUCUCGCAGAAGCCCGAGGGCAUCAACCUGCAGGAGCGCGUGGUCACGAUCAGCGGAGAGCCGGAGCAGAACCGCAAGGCGGUGGAGAUCAUCGUGCAAAAGAUCCAGGAGGACCCGCAGAGCAGCAGCUGCCUGAACAUCAGCUACUCCAACAUCACCGGCCCCGUGGCCAACUCCAACCCCACCGGCUCCCCCUACGCCAACUCCACCGAGGUCAUGCCAGGCGCUGCUGCUGCCGCGGCCGCCACCGCCUCCAGCCUCCUGGGCCAGGCCAGCCUGCAAGGGAUGGGUGCUUUCCCCACAGCCAUGAACAGCUUCUCAGGUAACGACCUGCUGACCAUCACUUCGGCGCUCAACACAUUAGCCAGCUAUGGCUACAACACCAACUCACUGGGCCUGGGCCUCAACCCGGCGGCCGCCUCUGGGGUGCUAGCCGCCGUAGCCGCUAGCGCCAACCCUGCCGCCGCAGCUGCCGCCAACCUGCUGGCCUCGUACGCCCAAGAUGCGUCCGGGGGUGCCGGACACCCCGCCGCCGCGCUGGGCGGCUUCACACUGGGAUCUCUGGCCGCCGCCACGGGCGCAACCAACGGCUACCUGAGCGCCGCGUCCCCGCUGACCGUCAGCUCGCUCAUGGCGCAAGAGAAGAUGAACGAAGGUGCCAAGGACGUGGUGGAGAUCGCGGUGCCCGAGAACCUGGUGGGCGCCAUCCUGGGCAAGGGCGGGAAGACGCUAGUGGAGUACCAGGAACUGACCGGCGCCCGGAUCCAGAUCUCCAAAAAGGGCGAGUUCAUCCCGGGAACCCGGAAUCGUAAAGUUACCAUCACCGGAUCACCAGCCGCGACACAGGCCGCCCAGUAUCUCAUCAGCCAGCGAAUCACGUAUGAGCAAGGAGUCCGUGCCACCAACCCCCAGAAGGUGGGCUAAACGGGAGGAUGAGGAAAAAGGAGGAGUAACGAGGGCUGAGGGAGGAGAGCGGAGAAAGAGAGAGAGCAAAAGAGAGAGCGAGAGAGUGAGAGAGAGAGAGAGAGAGAGGGGAAAAGGAGGAGGGAAUCUCAAAGGAAUCAUCCACACGUUUAUUCGUGUUUAUCAGUAUUUUAAAAUGAAUGAUGGCCAACAGAGUCAACUCAGAGAGAAGAUAAAAAAAAAAAGAUCAUGUCAAAAACCAAGAAAAAAAAUGUGUACAAUGUAAAUAUUGGUUUUAUUUCGUAAGUCUUGAUCUUUGGGGAUUUUUUAGUAUUCUACAUGGUUGUUUUUUUUUUUGGUUUUAUUUUUGGUCUUUUGUUUUGUUUUCUUUGUUUUGUUUUGUUUUUGUGCGCGUUUCUCAGGACAGCAGUGAAUGGCAUUUAAACUGGCAUGCUGCCUCACUGCAAGUCCUGUGGGGGGCAGUUGGAGGAGUGGUGGGGGAGGGGGGGUGGACACACUCUCUAGAACCUUCCCCCACCCCCCUCUGAUCCCGGGUCUCCUCUAGCUGACAAAUUUCUUCUUUUUUUUUUUACAAUUAAUAUUUUUGCCUUCAGCUCCAAAUCUCCCCAAUUAGCCUGUGCCCCCACCACCCCCCCCCCCCCCCCCCCCCCCAAAAAAAGAAGAUAUCAGUUCCUCCAUUUUUGUGGGUCCGAUGAGAUUGCAGACAAGCCCUUUGUGCGAGAUCUGAGGAAUUAACAAAACAAGACACCUGUAGUCGAUGACAACACCCCUACCCCCCCACACACACUACUGCCCCUGCCCCGUCCCCGCCCCAUCCCUAAAGCCCCAACCACCCCCCACCCACCCCCCUCACACACACUCUCAGCCACCCCGUUCUCAGUUCUGGGCUGGGAGUGCUGGGGAGGGAGAGGGGGUGGCAGGUGUACCGGAGAGAGGGGAGAGGCUGCCCCCAAAACACUUCCCUUCACAAGGGCUUCUCUCUCUCACUCUCUCUAUCUCUGCCUAUUUCUCCCGCCUCUCCACACGGUUCUGAUUUGACCAGGUGCACGUUGUCAUUCGUCUGUUUCUCUCUCUCUCUCUCUCUUUCUCUCUCUCUCUUUCUCCCUGCCUCUCUCUCUCUCUCUCUCUCUCUCUCUCUCUCUCUCACUCUCUCUGUUGUGGUUGCAUUAAGACCCUUUGCUUGGGAAUGCACACCUGCCAAGGGGCGGGAGAUGCACCUUGUCGGGUCAGAAUCUAAAGGUAGCACCAGAACACAUAGAGAUUGUGGCAUAUUCUCUACAGGGUCUUGCAGUCUGGCAUAAGGGAUAUUAUUAUUAUUAUUAUUACUAUUAUUAUUAUUAUCAUCACAGAUUAUCAUCGCCAUCAACAUUAUUUAUUAAUAUGAUUUCACCCAUAAGGACUGAAGUAUUCUCAUUUUAUUCUUAAUCUGUGAAUUCAGGUUGACAUGAAUGUAAAGACAAUAUUUUUUAAUUUAGUUGUUUUUUUAUUUAAGUGGAUUAAAUAGUGUGUGUCAUAGUGUAAUAUAUGUCUUAUUUAAGUCCAGUGAUAAGUGCACUGUUGGCACCGGUGAGUCAGAAACAAAACGCAGGGGCCAGCACUGGCAUCCAUUGUGGCAUCAAGACAUUACAGAGGGAGAGGACACACACACACACACACACACACACUCACACACUCGCACACACACUCACACACACACUCUCACGAACAAACUAUCCGAUGUCUAGAAUUGGUGCUCAAAAAGGGAAAACACCAUAUCUUGACUACAUAUAGGAAUGAGAUAGGAGAAGGCUUAUUGCAAACAUCUGCAAAAUGAGAAUAUUGAUCAUAUCACAGGCAUUAGUGCAGUCUCUGAAUGCACGGUUAGAAAUCGAUUGCACCAAGAACAAAAAGAAAUGCAAUAUCCUUUCAACUUCAGCUCCCCAGGUUUUUAUUUUUUGUAUUUUUCUUUUGUCUCGUUUUUUUUCUUUCUUUUUUUUUUUUUUUUCUAUUGAUCUCCUGAAGGAUAGGUCUCCCCUCCCCUGACGUCCACACUAAGUGGAAAGUAGACGUUGGCUUUUUCUCUCAGUAAACUCGUUCUGGAGAUUAAGUGCUUCAAGCUGAAAAUUGUGACUUUCUGAGGACGAGCACUACUGCAACGAACAAACAUUAAAAGUUUGCAGAAAGAGCAAAGAACAAAUAUAUUAACAGCAAACGAACAUGGGGUGUCGUUUUAAGGUGGGAGGGACGUGGUUCCUACAGUCACUUGCUCCUGCAGUUUCCCUGUCCUCAGUGGUCAGAGUGGUCAGUUGAGUGGUCAGUAGUCCAAAGCGGUAUUGUCUCCAACUUUAACAUAUCAUUUGACUCGGAAAACAAGCACCCAGCCUUUUGGCACUGGCUGUGGGAACCUGUAGGGGCCUCUCCAUCCUAUGUUUCCCCGAGCAUAAGCCCCUCUACGCAACAUGCACAUGCUGCUGAACCUCCUUUCUUUUCUUUUUUUUGUUGUUGCUGUUAUUGUUUUGUUUGUUUGUUUAUUUGUUUUAUCUUUUUUUUUUUAGUUUUUUGUUAAACUGUCGGAGUACACUGAAGUUCGUCUUAAUGCACUGUGAAUUAUGGGUGCCGUUUAUUCGGGCCAAACAAUUUUUUUUAAAUGAAAUAAAAUGAAAUGAAAAUAAGGGCAGGGUCCUGUAUCAAAGACUUUUUGGGCAUCAAGGGGAAUGUACCCAUGGUGGGGGGAACAUAAGGAGGCACUAGAUGGCGGAUGGUGAAUCAGGCAUCCCUGGCAUGCCUUUACCAGAGGACGAGCGAGACAGAGAAUGUUUACUUCGCAGUCGGGGCCAGCCAUCGGUAGUUACAAGUUUUGGCCGCAGAACGACAAGGGCACAGUUGAGAGGAUUGUCGACCGGGUUCCUAGGAUAACGUGUUCUAUAGCAUCAAAUACGUUUUUUGUUUGUUUGUAGGUUUGUUCGUUUUUUUUUCCCUUUCAUAGUUGACCACAUUACAUCCGCCAGCUUUUGAUCACAAAUCAUGAUCCUGGAAUUACAUCUUUGAAAUGAUAGCGAUUAAAAGACCAUAAACCUUGCUUGUGCCAGAGAGAAAGCUAGAGAAUGGAAGAGGUGGAUGCUCACCUCGAGAUUAAUGUUUCUCCUCGACGAAACAUGUAGGUCUGUUGACGUAUGCGAAUGCCGACUUUUUGCCCAGCUCAGCAAAGCCAGUUUUUAACAUUGGUUGACACUUUGUGUGGCAAAACAGUCCAACCCCAUCAAGCCCCCGUUUAGUCUCCCAAACACUGAGAUCUACCAUGACAUGUCCUGCUGAACAAAAAGCCAAAUACAUAAAAAAAACGCAGUCACCCUAGAUUAUGAGUGAUGGACCUGACUAGGCCAAGAGCAUUCUCACCCCCCCCCCUUCUCUGACCAGACUGCUUAUGUAGUCUGGCCCAUCAAGUCCAUUUCUGUCCGAUUGGAAUUCAACAGUGACCGUCAUCAAGGGGGGGGGGGGGGGGGGGAUAAUUCAAUUGAAUUGAAUCUGACAUGGUGCUGUCUUUCUCAACAAUGAUCUCUUUUAAAAAAAAAAAAGCUAUGAAUUUCUCUGUCACCACUGCCCUUGGAGCGCCAGUGAGUGUUUAUCUCGACCGAUUGGGUAAGGAGGCUUCUUUCUUCCCAUUUAAUGCCAUCCACGUCCCCUCACCACCCCCCCCCCCCCCCCUCCCCCCACCACCACACACACUCCAGUCCUUCUCUGUAACUCUGUGCACUCCCCCACCCUCCCCCCAUUCUGACGCAUCAAUCCUGAGAUACCCUCUCUCACAUCUCCGUAUGGGUGAGGAUGUCUGGUGUCGCAAUGCAUGACUGUUUGCCCUCCCACAAAUCAACAAUGAUACCCGAGAAAGCAGAAAACAACAAAGAGGGUCUGGAAAUGCAGUUUGUAUAGAGGAGAGGAGAGGAGAGGAGAGGAGAUGAGAGUAGAGAGGAGAGGAGAGGACUUGGUUAGGGCGGAGGCUGCAGAUGUUUCAAAAGAUUCCCUGUUGCUUGAUGAAUAGUUUGGCUGACAGGAUCGGACGGAGUGAACUGGCAGCAUGCGCUCUCCACUCCGGACUGUACUCACAGGCGCACGCUUAACACAGGAGUGUCUCAGGUUUCAAGCAGGACACACUGAGAUCUAACUGCUGGCAUGCUUACUGUAGUUGAUAUGUUUAGGAAAUAGUUGAGCGCAUGCCACUUUUAAAAACCGGACUAACAAUGGUCUUUAUUUGGCAAUGCGAUUUCGGGAUUGACCUCAAACAUUUCAGAGGUAUUUAGGACUUCAGGAGAAGGUGCAGGUCAGUAAGCAAGGACUGAAUUCGUGUGGGGACUCAGACCUUGUCCUCCAUAGCUUCUCUUAGACAGCUGAAAGUAUGCUCACUCACACACACUCUCACACUCACACAAACACAAACAUGACAUAUAGUACACACACACACACACACAUAUUCCCUGAGAGAAUUUUUGAAAAUGAAGGAGAAAAGAGGAGCAGAUCUGGUGACUUGCGGAGAACUGGAUAUUACAACUGUGACAUUAAAAUGUGAAAAAAAAAAUACGAUGGUCAGCUAUAGAUUAGGUGCCAACAAAGCAUAGCAAAGGAACAGCUUUGUAUUUUUAUAUGUGUAGUGCUAAAAGCACCCUAAAGAAGCGGGGAAAUGGGGCGGCCACUUUUUGUUUUUUAAGGGGAGAAAGACACGUCUUGAGUACUGGAAGCAAUAUUCGUAGUAGCAUGUCGUCCUGUCUCGUCUUUUUAUUGCGUCUGUCGUAGGAGCUUUGGAUUUACAUAGAUGUUGAAUAGGUUUACAUAUGUACUAUUUUUUAAUUUGUGAAGAUGCUGCUAUUUAAUAAGUGAUGUACUAAAAAUGAAGUAAAAAAAACAAACAUAUCUGACUCAACAUUUAGAAGGAUGUUCUAGUUCCGAAAGGUGUAAUUAAUAUUGCAUACUAAUAAAGGUAACUGUAAUAAUAAAAACGGAUUAAUUAACCUGUGCCAAAAUAGCUAUUUACAGAUCCUGAACCUGUAAAUGUGUGAUUUAACCAUUAGAUUGAACUAACUUUUGUAAGAAAAUGUGAAAAGUGCCAAAUGAACCACAUUUGUAAGUUAAUUAGAAGGGGAAUUCAGAGGUAUCAGUUGUCUUUUUCAAAUAAUAAGAGUUUGAUUAACAUAAUUGCUGUUUAGUUGUAAGUUUUUGCUCCCCCCAAGCAAUCAGUAGAGAGAGGGUAGCCAUCUUGUUAGCCAAACAACGGCGUUCAGUGCUAGCUAGCAUGAUUGCUAAAGUAUCGGGACGGAAGGACUGCCAUGUAGUUAGGUUUGCAUGGUUUAAGUCGAAUAAUUUAUCAGCAUUCUUAAUACAGCAUUUUAUAGUUCUGAAAUUGUAUUUUGUGGAAAUAGAUGUUAUCUUUUUUGCACGUCUAUAUUGCAUGAUCUCACAGUGAAGCGUGAAGAAAACAAACUUAAAAAAAAGACAAAGACUGAAAAAUCAUAGAAAAAAAAAAAAGA